AUGGGCCGAGUGCCGCCUUCGCCCAGGGUCCACUCCCGCAGCGGCCACCCUCGGCCGCCUCUCUCGUGGUCUCCCUGGCUCGUGGCGUCGUCCAGGCGGUUGAUGGACGGCUGGCUUCGUGGCCCGAGGUCGUUCCGCAGGGACAGUCUGACAGGUCUGCCCGGCCGUGGGGUGUGUGGGCAGCUGUCCACUCGCGGCCUGCUGGCUGUGGCCGGGCAGAGGGUGGACGGCCCGCACAGUCUGCAGAUAGAGCUGGAGGAAGCGGCUGCGGCCCCCACCGGACGCAUCACAGACACCAACUUCGUGCUGGGCAACGCGCAGAUCGUGGGCUGGCCCAUCGUCUACAGCAACGACGGCUUCUGCAAGCUGUCCGGCUACCACCGCGCCGAGGUGAUGCAGAGAAGCAGCACCUGCAGCUUUAUGUUCGGGGAGCUGACGGACAAGGACACCGUGGAGAAGGUGCGGCAGACGUUUGAGAACUACGACAUGAGCUCCUUCGAGAUCCUGAUGUACAAGAAGAACCGGACACCCGUGUGGUUCUUUGUGAAAAUCGCUCCGAUUCGAAACGAACAGGACAAAGUGGUUUUAUUUCUCUGCACCUUCAGCGACAUCACGGCUUUCAAGCAGCCCAUCGAGGAUGACUCAUGCAAAGGUUCGUGCCUCGCAGGCCCUCGCCACAGCGCCCUUGAGGCCCUGGGGCGCGGCGGGGCCCUUCGGCCCUGUGCCGGGUUGUUUCACACGCAGACCACGGGGUCGCACGGCCUGGGGCCGCCGGAGUCCGGCCCGGCGCCCCUCAAACAGCCCCCACCUGGCUCCGGGCUCUGCUGUCUGCAAACGGCCUUGUACCUGCCCCGUGGCAUCACAGAGCUGGGGCCGGGGCGCUGGGCGGGCCAGCAGCGGCUCUGGGCUGGGCAGUGGCACCAGUGUGGUGAGCGGGGGCCGGCGGCGCAGGAGGAAGCUGGAGCCACCGCCGUGGCCGGCCUGUGGCUCUGCCGUGAGCCCAGUGGCUGUGCACGGCCCCUCGGUGCUGACCGGCCCCUGAGCACUGAUCGGCCCAUGAGCGCUGAGGGGCCCCUGCGUGCUGACCAGCCCCUGCGUGCUGACCGGCCCCUGCGUGCUGACCGGCCCCUUGGUGCUGACCGGCCCCUGCGCGCUGACCGGCCCCUGUGCACCGACCGGUCCCUCUAUGCUGACCAGCCCCUGCGUGCUGACCUGCCCCUCUAUGCUGAUCGGUCCAUGAGUGCUGAGGGGCCCCUGCGUGCUGACCGGCCCCUCGGUGCUGACCGGCCCCUCGGUGCUGACCAGCCCCUGAGCAUUGAUCGGCCCUUGAGCGCUGAGGGGCCCCUGCAUGCUGACCGGCCCCUCGGUGGUGACCGGCCCCUGUGUGCUGACCGGCUCCUGUGCGCUGACCAGCCCAUGAGCGCUGACCGGCCCCUCUGUGCUGACCGGCCCCUCUAUGCUGACCGGCCCAUGAGUGCUGAGCGGCCCCUGCGUGCUGACCGGCUCCUCUAUGCUGACCAGCCCCUGCGUGUUGACCUGCCCCUCUAUGCUGACCAGCCCAUGAGCACUGACCAGCCCAUGAGCGCUGACCGGCCCCUGCACGCUGACCGGCCCAUGAGCGCUGACCGGCCUCUCAGUGCUGACCAGCCCCUGCACGCUGACCGGCCCCUGCAUGCAGACCGGCCCCUGUGCGCUGACCGGCCCCUCCUGCCGUGUGGCAUGGGCCUGGCUGGCCGGCGGCACAGUGUGGGCGCAGGUCUGUACCCCCGACGGGAAGGGGCGUCUCUCCGGUUCACGGGCCGUAGUGAGGGCCCCGGUCGCGUCCCUGGCUGA